AUGCCCGAGGCCUGGAAGGCCUCCAUGGCGGCCGCCAGUGUCGCACUGGGCUUACUACCGACCCUAUUGGCAGCUAUUGGUCCCAGCAUUUCCGAGACCUCAUUACUCUCCUCCCAACGUCCCAUGCUUGCCUUCUUGCUAAGCUUGGGUGCGCCAGCUGCUCAGCCUAGCCGUCUCCUUGAAUAUGAAGACCCGUUCGAUCUGCUUGAUGCUCGCGGCGGCAGGCUCGUUGUUCCUCCAUUAUCUCCUCUGUCAGCCAUGGCUGUUAGUGGACUGGAGUAUGUUGCUGCUGCAGCAGCAGUGGCUAAUGCACUACACACGUCCUUUCAGCUAGGGAUCAACACCGUGUCGGCUGCGUCAUGUACGAUAUGGGAACUGCCGAUGAUAUGGUCACUAUUGUCUGUUGUAGUUCACCUCGUUGCUGCGGUUGGCUUUUGGAAUAGAGUACGAGACAACACACGAGGCAGCCAAGAUUCCAGCACGGGGACACCGAUCCAAAAUACCUCGUCGCCAAUAGUUCCUGCAGAGCAGCAUCACGGUGCAGCAGAAGUAGAGAUCACCCUUAUGCCUCUGACUCUUCAACGCAGGUCGGGCUCGAGCCAAGUGAAAAGCGAAAACUCCUUGAACGCAUUGUGGCAUUCAAUUCUCCAGCAAAUGGAGCGCGAAUUUCUCCCCUGCUCUAACCGCACUCCUUCGACAAUUAGUAUCAAGCCUUCAAAGAUGCCACGAUUAGCAGUCCUACUUGCAGUCCUUGCGAGUUUCGCAGCAUACGUCCAGCUGAUAUGCGGGACCGUCUUUCUCGCGUCUCUACUAUUCGUCUCUGUGAAAGACGCAGUGGUGAAUAUCGUGCUCCGGUUUGUCCUAUCCGCCAUUCUCUGUCGGUUGGUUUUACUUGUGGAGCUGGGCGGUAUGAGAAGACCGGUCCAAUAA